AUGCAAGCGACCAAACACUUGAUUUUCGUUUUCGCACUUCUCACCUCUUUUCUGGAUGCUUUGGCCAUCUCAGGCAAGCUGGACUUGCCCCAGGAGUCCCUGGCGGACCCUGCCCGAGCUUGGGUGUCUUUGUCUAAUGAGACAUGGACUUCUACUUACCGUCUCAAUCGACGUGGAGAGUUCUCUACGAUAGAUCUAGAGCCAGGCAACUACUCCCUUGUGUUACGGUCGCUUGACUUUGCGCUUUCAAAGACCAAUUUCUUCCGAGUCGAAGUCAAUGGCGAUUUCGAAGUAUUCGAAGUGUAUCCAGGAAUCACUGCUCCUGCGAAUCCCACUCCGCUUAAAAACAAAUUAAACUUUACUGCCGAUUCCAUCGUCAUCAAGUCGUUUGCAGAUGAAGACCAAACGGCAGGGAUUCUGAACAUGAUACCGUUCUGGGGACUCCUCCAACAGUAUCCGAUUAUAGGUUUUGUGCUAGCUGCAAUGACAUUGAUUGCCCUGCUACCGACCUUGAUAGGCCUGAUUGACCCCGAAUUUACGCAACGUGCGCUUGAAGUACAGCAGCAAGCCAAAAAGGAAAACAAGGCAAAGCGUGCUUGA